AUGGGGACGACUGUGACCAACAUAACCGAGUCCAAGUCCCCUAAGCAAUCAUCCCCAACACGGCAAGGUUCCAUCGCCAGUGCCAAGAUCGACUCUCUUACCAAGUCGGACAUUGCGUCUAAUGCUCCGGCGACCAAGCCGCUUGCACCGCCGCCUCGACCAGGACAAUCCCAACAAGGAACAAAUACCCCCGAAUACUUCGCGCCUCAGGUUACCGGAGGCUCCCUCAGCCUGGAGCCCAAUCCGUUUGAACAGUCGUUUGGGGGAGGUGGCCCAGAAACGCCUGGAGGAACCAAACUGCCCAGCGUCGCAGCAUUGACGUCUCCGUCUUCUCUGCUGCCCGGCCCUACCGACUACUUCGGCGACACGCAUCACCUCCGUGGCGGCUUCCCUACGCCAAACGAGUCUUCUCUGCGCACCGGACUGACACCGGGCGGGAGCGGGUCUAUGUUCCCGGCUCCAAGUCCCAACUCUGCCCUUUUCGCACAGCUGGCCAGCGGCGGCGCCACUCCCAGCACCAUCGACUUCCAUCGAACGGCCCUGAGCGCUGCCGCAAAGCGUGAACAAGUCAACGGCCUGUCUCGAGUCCAACCAUCGGCACCACAGCCCCAGCCCGUCACAUCCCAACCCCAAGAUAUGACCUCGGUCCCUGUCAUUCCUAAAGUCGAAGCUAAACCUGCAUCCGGUCCCUUCGACCCCCACGACAACGACGCUGCCAACGGCCUUUAUAUGCUUGCUCAGGGAAGGAACGGAACUCAACCUACACCUCAAUUCACCGUGACAUCGGCACCCACUGCGCACGCCCACCCGGCCCCAGUGAUCCCACCAAGCAUGAACACGUCACCCCCUAUGGCCUCUAUCAAGGUAGAUCCCCGACGAGGCGUCAGCGAGAUGAGUAACGGGUCGGACGAAAGCGAUCAGAAGCCCCAGACACGAGCUAAGGGCAAGAAGAACACCACAGCCACCAACGGCAGGAGGAAAGCCGACGAGGCGCCUGCUAAAGCGCCGCCUGCAAAGAAAUCUAAGGCGAACAGCGGCGCAGCAAGCAGCAACGGUGACGAAGAUGAACAUUCUGAUGACGAUAUGGAUAAGUUUGACGACAAUGGAAAUGGAAAGUCCAAGAUGACGGACGAGGAGAAACGCAAGAACUUUUUGGAGCGCAACCGUGUUGCUGCUCUCAAGUGUCGCCAGCGGAAGAAGCAAUGGCUUGCAAACUUGCAGACCAAGGUUGAGAUGUUUAGCAGUGAGAAUGACGCCUUGACUCAACAGAUUACUCAGCUUCGUGAAGAAGUUGUCAACCUCAAGACUCUCCUGCUUGCUCACAAAGAUUGCCCUGUUACUCAGCAGCAAGGCCUUCACGGAGCCUUCAUGUCACAGGUUGUUGAGCCUUUCAACCCUCAGAUGAACCCUUAUGGCAUGGCAGCCCCGAUGCCUGGCCAGCAAGUCAUGGCUGGCCAAGGCGUUCAGCGGCGUUUUUCUUAG